AUGAAAUACAUACAGGAUUACAAGCCCCUUAUCGAUUCAGUGCCUCAGGCUCGGAUUCUUCUUAUUGGUCAAAUUACAGCUGGAAAAUCGAGCUUCUUCAACUCCAUCAACUCUAUCUUCCGUGGCAACAUAACAAGCCAAGCUGAUGUAGGAUUUAUAGGAGAAAGCCUGACCGUGAAGUAUCGCACUUACGAGGUGAGGGCGGGCCGAGGCGGACAGCCUCUGGGAUUCCUACUGUGUGACACCAUGGGACUGGAAGCAAGGGAGGAUGGAGGGGUGAAAAUUGAAGAUAUUGAGAGGAUCCUGAAUGGCUACAUACCGGACGAUUACCAGUUGAACCCUGCAUCACCAUGGCAACCUCGUGAUGGUCAGACAGAGUUACAACUUAAGGACAGGAUCCACUGUGUGGUGUAUGUGAUAGACAGCUCAACAUUAGGAAUCAUGGCUACAGAAAUGAAGAAGAAAGUUGAGGAAAUCCGAAAGAAAACUAGUUUUCAAGGAGUCCCUCUAAUGGUGCUACUGACCCACGUGGACAGAGCGUGCCCACAUGUGGAAAAGGACUUGAAAAAGGUGUAUCACAGCUGCUACAUAAAGGAUAUGGAGGAAACAGAGUGA